GGAUGGGUGGGGUAACGUGAUGUGUGUUUGAACAGACAAGGUGAAAUGUCUUGUGAUACGUGCUCAGGCAAAGAACGGGCUUGAAUGGAAUCUUUUACUUGUAACACCGAAGAGGCUGUAGUGCACACUAAAGGAUUACCCACUCUUUGGAUUUUAUUAAAAUCACAAUGGAGACGGGCAGUGACACCACGAAAAUCCUCGAGAAGGGUCCAGAGUACUUUCGAAAGCAAAUGGAGCUGGAGAGCGAGACAAAAGGAGGCAUGAGCGCUGUGGAGAGGCUUGCAGCGAGCAAACUUAAAUAUGUGAAAAGCCAACAGGUGGCCCACACAACUCAGGAGUCACUGAUCAGCCUAGGAUCAGCCUCUGUGAGCAGCACAGAGUCUUCCAACCGGAGCUCAAACCGUGGUGAGAAACUUGUCACAGGGAGUCACCCAAAGGAGGCUACAAUUGGUGCAUGUUCUCCAGGGCAGGUACGUCGAUGCAGCUCUAAAAAACGACCAGACUCUCUUCUACUUUACAGACAAAAAUGUGAUCUGCUCAAGGGAGCAGCAGGUAGGAAACACUAUGCAGCUCGUAGGAGGCUGGUUAACAAAAAUGUCACACUAGUUAAGGUGGGAGAUGAAGAAUGUGAAAACGAGGAAACCACACCUGAGGAAACGGCUAAGGAAUGUAGCCCACAUGGAGCUGCCAGCCAGUCAGAGGGGAAGAGGAAUGGAGGAGCAGAACACAUCACAGAGAGCAGGGGUCCUAGGUCAAAGGUGACAUCGGGUCUCCUUGCUGUCCCAGAGUUUGAAAGGAGGGCCGGCAAAGGUGUGAGUCGUUCUCACUCAGACAUCAGCUCCAGGUAUUCCAAAAACUUUGCAGACUUCGAUGCUUUCUUUAUGUACUGUGGGCUUGAGGGGGAGGUCAUCGAGUCUCUGGGCAGAGAGAACUUUUCGGCACGCUCAGAUGAAAUUGCACUAAACAUCCGGAGCAUCAGUGUCUCUACAGACGACGGCUUCUCCAGGACCAGCGGUGACAGCGAUGCCCUUCAAGAGGAAAAGCUGCACGGAAAACUCCGUCAGGGGACGUCAGUGAUUGAACGCAAUGCACGGAUUAUCAAAUGGCUGUACAGCUGCAGAAAUGCCCUUGAGUCUGGGAAGAAGUUACGAGAUCUUGACUGAGAUUGACUUGACUGUUCAGUAGUUAGCUUGAGUUAAAACUGCAGUUGCCAACAGCCAACCACUGAAGAUGGCUAUGACCAGGAUGACUGAGAAAGAACCUUCACAGACUUGACUGAGAUUAUUUCUUUCCUACGGUGACCAAGGCUCAUCUCACAAGAUGGCACAUCAAACCACACAUUAAGAACUACACCUGAACCAACACCAUUUCAAAGGAGACUAGAAGUUCACAUAUGUACUGUAUGUAAAAUGAGGGGUCAGCCUAAAUUGGCUGGUGUGUG